CUUCCUGGACACUUGAGAGUAUCCGUCCAUUUUAUAGUGAUAUAUCUAGUCAUGCAAUCAGUAUAAUGCAUAAGUUUACAAACAAAAACUGUUUAGUCAUGGACUAUGUAAAAAUAAUAAGUUUUCAGUAAAGCAACACAGGAUAUAAAUUGUAGUAGCAUUUAUCAAGAGGGCAGUAUUUCCAGCUGAUUUUACAAACAACAUGGAUCAAAAUGCGUCUGCUACUGAUGAAAAAAUUGCCCGACCCAGGGUCAGAGGAGUUGAUCUGUUAAGAGACCCUCUGUUAAAUAAGGGUAUGGCAUUCACUCUUCAAGAGAGACAGAUGCUUGGUGUUCAUGGUUUGUUACCGCCCAGAGUGAUGGACCAACAGGAACAAGUGGUCAACAUCAUGGAAAACUUCAAUCGCUGGCAGAACGACCUUGAUCGAUACAUUUAUCUGAUGGCUCUUCAAGACAGGAACGAGAAAUUGUUUUAUAGAGUUGUUAGUGAACAUACAGAAUUGAUGAUGCCUAUUAUUUAUACACCAACUGUUGGUUUAGCUUGUUUGAAGUAUGGCCUCAUUUUCAGAAAACCAAGAGGACUUUAUAUUACAAUAAAUGACAAAGGACAUGUGUACGAUGUAAUUUGUAACUGGCCUAUAGAUGAUGUGAAGGCAAUAGUAGUAACAGAUGGAGAGAGAAUUUUGGGUUUAGGAGAUCUGGGUUGCUAUGGUAUGGGUAUACCUGUCGGUAAGCUAUCACUCUACACAGCCUUAGCUGGAAUACAACCACAUCAAUGUCUGCCGAUAUUACUAGACGUAGGAACUAACAAUGAGAGUCUUCUGAAAGAUCCUCUCUACACAGGCCUAAGAAUGAGGAGGGAUAAUGGUCCAAAAUAUGAUGAAUUUAUUGAUGAGUUCAUGGACGCAGUUGUUAAAAGAUUUGGAAGAGAUGUUUUGGUUCAAUUUGAAGAUUUUGGCAAUCAUAAUGCUUUUAGGUUCCUUGAAAAAUACAGGCAUGACUUUUGUACAUUCAAUGAUGAUAUUCAAGGAACAGCAUCAGUAGCAGUGGCAGGUAUCCUGGCAUCCAUCAAAAUCACCAAGAAACCACUUAAAGAUAAUGUAUUUGUAUUCCAAGGGGCAGGGGAGGCAUCUUUAGGAAUAGCCCAUUUAUUACUGAUGGCAAUGAAAGCUAAAGGGAUAUCUGAGGAGGAGGGUUUGAAAAAAAUAUGGAUGGUAGAUUCUAAAGGCUUGAUUGUAAAAGGUCGACCUGCAGGUGGUGUAACUGGACAUAAAGAAUUAUUUGCCCGAGACUUUAAACCUGUCAGUACAUUAACAGAAGUAAUUAAAACAGUAAAACCUACAGCAAUUAUAGGGGCUGCAGCAGUUACAGGUGCAUUCACAGAAGAAAUAUUAAAAUAUAUGGGAGAGGUCAAUGACAAACCUAUCAUCUUUGCCCUCAGUAAUCCUACCAGUAAAGCUGAAUGUACUGCAGAACAGGCUUAUACCGCUACGCAAGGAAGAUGUGUUUUUGCCAGUGGAAGUCCAUUCAACGCUGUAACAAUGAAUGGUAAAACUCAUGUUCCAGGGCAAGGAAAUAAUGCUUAUAUAUUCCCUGGAUUGGCAUUAGCUAUCAUUCUUAGUGACAUCAGAAAAGUUACAGAGGAAAUAUUUCUAAAGUCAGCAGAGAUGUUGUCAGAAAUGGUUAAAGAAGAAGAACUUGCUCAAGGAAGAGUGUAUCCUCCAUUAUCUAAGAUUAGAGAAGUUUCUACAAAGCUAGCAGUAGGACUGACACAGUAUGCUUACAAAAAUGGUCUGGCCCUGAAGUACCCAGAACCUGAAGAUAUUGAUAAAUCCAUUAGGGCAUACCAAUACAGUACAGAUUAUGAAAGCUUCAUUCCACAGAUGUAUGACUGGCCGGCAGUGAAAGGCAGCAAUUUAUAAUGCUGGGUUAAGUCUAGUAGUGUUGAGUUGCCAUAUUUUGAUUAUAAUUACUACUUCAGAAGCCAGAAUAAUAGUACUAUCUAAUAAGUGCUUUAAAAGUAAAAAACCUAUUGAUAUAUUUAUAUAAAACUACUAAAAUGAAAAAUAAUACUAACCUAUUUGUUAAAAUUGGAUGCUGAGAAAAUAAAUAUAUUUUACAGCAUUUUGUUUUUUCAACAUAUAUGCGCAAGAGAUAUACUGAAGUUUGUAUGUACCAACUUUAAUGUUAGAAGAUAAGCUUUUAGUGAGGUCAAGAAAAAAAUAUUUGUAACUGAUUCAUAGUUGAACUGAAUUGCAAAGUCUACCAAUAAUAACUUUCAUGUAGUAGUAUUUGUGCCAGUAAUGAUAUGUAUUUAUUUUGUAAUAUAUUGUAAACCAACUAAUUUUUGCAAGCAAUUUAUUUUGUGAACUUUUUGAAAAUAAUAUGUAUGUGGUUCAUCAUGACUGUCAAACUUGGGUCUUGUCUUAUAUAAUACACCAAAAAUAGCUAAAAAAAAAUGACAAGGAUAAAUUGUCGUACAAUCAAUAAGAAAGUUUACAAAUACAAAAAAUAAUGUCUCUGAAAAAAUUAGUUGGUUUAUAGAAGUCACAAAUGUUCUUGGUUAUUGUAGUAAUGUUCAUGAAGAUAAUUCUGAAAUAAUUGACUCUUGAUUGUAUUGUUGAAGUUUUUACUCAAAUUCAACAAAUGUAUUAUAUAUGUUGUAUGUUUUUUGUAAAAUAAAAAAGUUCUCAGGUUUAUUUUUAUACAAAUCUGCAAUGCAUUUAUACAUUUUGAAAAGUAUCACAAAAUUGCCAAAUUUAUAUAAACAUGACCAGAGAAAUAAUUCAAAAAUACAAAGUUGAAAGACCACGUUGUCAUAAGACUUCACAAUCACAAUUCCUUAUCCUUUUAUGGUUUUGUUGUAUUGAUGGGUUGCUAUGUUAAUGAUUUACACCCUACAACUUCUUUUAUUCCAUCAUGCAUAUAUAUAAGUUAAUGAUUUUUAUCUCUUUUUUUCUUGCUUUUAUAAGAGAAAAAAGUGUGCAGCAAUUGUUAAUCAUUACCACAUAAUCUGCAUUUGACAAAUCAUACACAAAAUUUCUUAAUUAUAUUCAUGGUAUUUCCUUUUUGAGACAAAAUUUAAUUGACAAAGUUCGUUAUUUUAAAUCAUGAUAAGAUUACAUAGAUAUUGUUAGGAUCAUCACUCAAUCUCAAAAAGCAGUUAUGUGCAUAUCAUUGUAUUUUUUCUGUGCUGUGUAUCUUCUUCUUUAUGGAUUUGUUUAUUGUUGCAAUAUAGCCUUUUUUUACUGAGGGGGCGUUAAGCAGCAACCAACCAAUCAUUCAAUCUGUGUUGAUUUUAUUACAUUCCUAAUGUGUCAUCCUUAAUACUGCAUUUAUAUAGUAGUAUAAACCCUACCUUUGUUUGGACAGUAUGAAACAUUUUUAGUAAACUGUUAAGCCUUUGCCAAAUAUUAUUUUUACCUUUCAUCACUUUUUGAUGUAUUUAUCAAGAAGAGACAAUUGGUUCAGAUAUUCCUAAUAUAUAAUAUUGUUUAUGAUAUUCCAUUGUAUUUGAUAUUCUAUAUUUAUACAUAUUCUGUGAUCUCUCAGAUUAGUAGUAUUAUCCUCUCAUUCUUUGUUAGUAGCUAUUAUUAAUUAUUUCUUUGUUAAUAAAUUUAGUAGUUAAAGUAAA